GGCAUCCCGACAAGUCUGGACUGUUCUGCCCCUACUUGUGCUCACGCUGCUGACUGUCGCCUGCAGGGAUGAAGAGUGGAGAGCUGAGUCUGUGAGAACGGGGGAUCGUGGUGUGGUGGUGUCCUGCAUUGUGACGCUGUGACACCGGGGGUCUGUGGAUACCGCUGCUGUGUGAAACACCCAACAACGCAUCAAGCUGGAUGUGCCACAGGUGGACAGAGGCGGUCUGUGGGCAGCCGCACGAAGAGGAAAUCCCCAGAUCAUGAAGAUGUGGAACUGGGUUUUCACUGUGGGUGUCCUGCUGUCUUCCAUCAAACUUGCUGAAGCUCAGGGUAGGUGUAAUAAUCUGCAGGCAGCAGACAUUGUGUUCCUGAUCGAUGGCUCUUCCAGUAUUGGACGCGCAAACUUCAUUCAGGUGAAAAACUUUAUGGCUGAUAUUGUAAAGCCUUUUGCCAGUUCUGUCAGCGAGUCAGGGGUCCGGGUUGGAGCUGUACAAUACAGUGAUACAUCAAGGGUGGAGUUCAACUUUAAUACACACCUAACAGGCACCGAUGUUGUCAAUGCCGUGCAAAAUAUAAAUUAUAAAGGUGGAAACACAAGGACUGGAGCUGGUCUAAAGUAUGUGUCUGAUAACUUCUUCAACCCUACCUCCACCCGAGAUGUCCCAAAGGUCACCAUUCUGAUCACAGAUGGGAAAUCACAAGACCAAGUAGAGGAACCAGCUCAGAAGCUACGUAGUCAGGGAGUUAACAUUUUUGCAGUUGGUAUCAAGAGUGCAGACAGGAGUGAACUUGCUCAGGUUUCCUCAAAGCCCAGCAGUGAUUUCACUACGUUUGUAGGAGACUUUAAGCUGCUGAAUACUCUCCUUCCUCUUGUGAGCCCAAAAGUGUGCUCAGCUGCAGGGGGAGUGUAUGCAAGUGAUGAGGCCUUUUCAGGUCCAUCUGAUCUUCAGUUCACUGGUCAAACAACUGAUUCUCUCCGAUUUCGAUGGAGUCCUGCAGGGGGCCCUGUGAGCGGCUAUGCCAUCCAGUAUGUGCCCCUCUCUGGUCUGGGUCAGCCAAUUGUUGCAGAAUUAAGACAGGAAAGGGUCUCUGCCAGUCAGAGGUCGUACACUGCACGAGAGCUCAAGUCAGGAACAGAUUACCUGGUGACUGUCAUCGCCCAGUACCCCAACAGUGUUGGAGAGUCUGUUUCUGCAAAGCAGCGAACCAGAUCAUUACCAGGAGUCUCCAGCCUACGUUUGGUGCAGGCCGGGUUCUUCUCCCUCUCUAUUGAAUGGGAUAAACCAUCAUCUUCGCUGCAAGGCUAUAGGCUCACCUAUGGGCCACGAGGACAACCAGCGGCUCAAUUGUUGGAGCAGUCGCUGUCUGCAGAUACCACCUCUAUCACGUUGGAGUCUCUUCAGCCUGACACAGAGUAUGUCAUCAACCUUUACCCUCUGUUCUCCAGAAACGGUGCUUCCCCAUCUGUCCUCAAUGCUCGAACAUUGGUCCUGGAGGCAGUGCAGCAGUUAACAGUUGAUACUAUGUCAGAAAGCAGUAUUCGUGUGAACUGGAGACGAGUCACUGGUGCACGAGCAUACCGUUUGGUAUGGGGACCAUUUACAGGUCGCACUGUGGAGACUGUGGAAGUGGCAGGUGACACUGAGCUCUAUACUUUGUCUAGCCUGCAGCCUGAUACAGAGUACAUUGUCACCAUUAUCCCACUGUAUGAGGGCAACACUGAGGGGCCCAGAGCUACAGCCAGAUUCAAGAUAGAACGUCAAGAACAGCAGGUCCUCACAGCAGCAACCACAGGACCAUCCUCAAUCCGCCUAAACUGGAGAGUGAUCCGGGCUGCUAGAGGCUAUCGCCUGGAGUGGAGGGAGGGAGAAGGAAGUCCUAUCCAGAGCCUGUCCUUUCCUCAAAGCUCCACCAACUAUGAGCUAACAGGGCUCCAACCAAAUACAGAGUACAUAUUCACGCUAUACACGCUGUAUGAGGGCCGUGAAGAGGCCACACCUGUGUCCACUGAAGACAGAGAGAAGCAGCCAGUAGGAAGUGUGUCCAACCUGAGAGUGGUGGAGUCCCUUGGGAGCACAGUCCGCAUUGGGUGGACGGGUGUGGCAGGGGCCACACAGUACCGGAUUGUUAUCUUGAACACUGAGGAUGAAACAGAAACAAUCCAGGUUAUCCCUGGAAACCAGAGGAUCCUCGACUUAAGCGAUCUGACAGUGGGCGUUUCAUACGGUGUUAGCGUCACCGCAUUGGUAGGAGUUAAUGAAGGAAAGACAGUUACUGUCUACAUCAAACCAGAGCCAGCUGCAGGGAGAGUGACCAAUCUCAGAAUAACAAAUGUAAACAGUCGGAGAAUCCGCAUUGUCUGGCAAGGUGUUACUGGUGCAACAGGUUAUAGAGUUACCUGGAGACAAGGCAACAAUGCAGAACAAUCUCGUCUUCUGGGAUCGGAGCCUACCCUUUUCACUAUUGAUGGCCUGCAACCAGAUGAGGCUCUUGUAAUUGGUGUCGCCCCUAUUGUUAAUCAACGUGUUGGUGAAGCCGUCACUCUGUCUGCAAGAACAAAUCCCUCUAGUGGAGCAUUGUCUGGGCUUCGCAUUACUGAAAUCUCAUCACAGAGUAUACGAAUUGCAUGGUCACCCUUUUCUCGGGCUACUGGAUAUAAGAUCACUUGGAGCCGUGAAGAUGGAACUGAAACAACACGAACCAUAGGUGCAGAUGUCUCUUCCUACAUCAUAGAUGGACUUCGGCCUAACUCAGCGUACACUGUACAGGUUUCUACUCUUGUUGGCUCUCGGGAAGGAAAUCCAGCUAUUCUCAGGGUUAGAACAGAAUCAGAAUCGUUGGUGGGAACAGUAACAUCGCUUCAAGUACAGGAACCCCGAGGGGAAGUGGUCCGAGUUUCCUGGGUUGGGGUCCAGGGAGCAACAGCCUACCGCGUCACUUGGAGGAGAAUUGAUGAUGGGGUAGAACAAAGCCAGCUGGUGAGUAGAGAUGUGACAUCUCUGGAUUUGGACCAACUUGAUCCCGGCGUUCAGUAUGAGGUUCAGGUAGUCGCUUUAGUAGAAAACAGAGAAGGUGCGCCUGUUUCUGUCAGAGUCACCACACCUGGUUAUGUCACCCCACCUUCGCCACUACCAAACACCACUUUACGAGCCACAGAGGUUACUCAGGAUUCCCUGCGGCUGAGCUGGGCUCUCCUUCCUGGUGCCACAGGAUACAUUCUUCGAUGGAAAGAGGAGACAGAUGUGGGUAGGGGACUGUCUGUCACGCUGCCUGCAUUGUCCAGCUCGUACCUGGUGACCGGGCUGCGUUUGGGCCGCAGAUACAGAUUCACCAUCCAGCCUACUUUUGUAGGCGGAGUUUCAGCCGAGACUUUUGUUGAUGAACGCACAGUGUGUCUGGGCGGACGUCUUGAUGUGGUGUUUCUGGUGCCUGCAUCCACUGAUCGGGCUGACCUGGCUAGACCGCUGAGGGACCUUGUUACCAGUGCGGCAGGGUCACUUGCUGCUAUUGGGCCUCAAGACUCUCAGGUAGGGGUGGUUGUAUACAGUUUUAGACCCAAAAGCUGGUUCCUGCUCAGUCGUCAUUCCAGAUCUGACACACUGCUCCAAGAGAUCCAGUCAACACCCUUUGAUGAAAGCCCAGGGAACAACAUAGGUGAGGCGGUGAGGUUCACCCGGCAAUACAUGCUGACCCCCACAGCUGGAAGGAGGCCCAGGGUGCCUGGAGCAAUCGUGAUCAUUGCUGACAGAAAAUCUGUGGACAACCUGACCCUUGCAGUCAGCAGCCUAAGAGAUGCAGGCGUGACGGUGCUAGCAGUGGGUAUAGACCAAGCUGAUAGAGAGGAACUGAGGCUGGCUGUGACGGAUCGAAACCCACAGAACAUUCUGUACGCUAGUACGGCAGAACGUCUGAACACACUACAUGCUGAUUUGGCUGACUUGCUUUGUGGGAUCGCCAGAAUUCCUGAGGUGAUUCCUGGUCCAGAGCAGUGUACUGUACAGUGUCCUCAGGGUGAAAAGGGAGAUCGUGGUCAGAAGGGUGAAAGAGGCAGAGACGGUACAGAUGGACGCAAGGGUGAGCCUGGCCGUGAUGGUUUGCCUGGGAGGGAGGGUCCCAGGGGACCAGAAGGUCGACCAGGAACACCAGGAAGACCUAUCCCUAUUAACCCUUCCCAGGUUAUCAAAGGGGAAAAGGGGGAGAGAGGUUUUCCUGGAGUGGAUGGAAAUCCAGGAUUACCAGGAAGACCAGGGGCUGCUGGAAAUGCAGGUGUUCCAGGUUCACAAGGUCUUCCUGGAGUCAGAGGAAGUACAGGUGAACCAGGAGGACAAGGCGCACCUGGGCCAAAGGGGGAUAAAGGUGAAAGGGGGGAACCUGGUUCAGUUGUAUCCAGUUUGCCAGGCAGGAAAGGAGAACCAGGCGUCCCAGGAAUACCAGGUACCCCAGGGCGACCCGGCAUAGAAGGAGCCAAAGGAGCCCCUAGAGUUCCAGGUACACGAGGUCAGGAUGGUCGGCCAGGAAUUCCUGGAACACCAGGACUUUCCAUUAAGGGAGAUAAGGGCAGUCAAGGAGAGAGGGGACCUCCAGGAAUAGGAAGCGGCGUGGCCGUGAAGGGUGAAAAGGGCUCCCCUGGUAUUCCAGGAGCUGCAGGUGUCCUGGGACCUAGAGGGCCAGCAGGACCACAGGGCAGUAAAGGGGAUAAGGGCGACGAUGGCACUGGACUACCUGGACCUCAGGGAAAGCAAGGAGAGCCCGGUGACAGGGGCCCCCGUGGACCUGCAGGCGAGAUUGGCAGCAAGGGCGACAGAGGACAGCCAGGUGAACCUGGGACACGAGGAGACAGAGGGGAGCGAGGGCCUGUUGGGGAGACUGGAGAGAAAGGUGAUCAAGGAAAGGCAGGGAUCCCAGGAACACCAGGCCUGAGAGGUUUACCGGGACCAAGUGGACCACCAGGAGAAAAGGGAAAUGAAGGAGCACGAGGGGAGCCAGGAAGAAGUAUGCCAGGUUUACAAGGAAGGAAAGGAGAACAGGGAGAACGAGGUCUUCCUGGCUCUGAUGGUCUAAAGGGAGAUAGAGGAGAACCAGGACAAAGAGGAGAGAAAGGUUCUCCAGGUUCAGGAGGCUCAGGUGUUGUUGGACCUAAAGGAGAGCCAGGAGAGCCAGGACGUCCAGGUCUUAAUGGACGACCGGGAGCCAAGGGAGACCCAGGAGAACCAGGCGAGAGAGGAGAGAAUGGUCGCCCGGGAAUCCCUGGAAAACCCGGCCUUGGUGGAAAACCGGGAGAAAAGGGUGAUAAGGGCGAUGAAGGCACACCCGGAGAAUCAGGACUUCCAGGAAAGCCAGGAGAAAGAGGUUUGAGGGGAUUGGCGGGUCAGCCGGGGCGGCCAGGAGAGAAAGGAGACAUGGGAGAUCCAGGAGAGCAUGGGAGAAAUGGCAGUCCUGGACCCGCUGGACCGAGAGGAGAGAAGGGAGAGCAAGGACUUCAAGGGCCUGCAGGUCCACCAGGACAAAUUGCUGAGCUACAGGGUCAGCUGAAAGGAGAGAGAGGAGAGAAGGGUGAUGCUGGUGACCCAGGAGAGCAUGGCGGCAAAGGUCAGAAAGGGGAAGCGGGAACUCCUGGAGCUCCAGGACUGCGAGGUCCAGAGGGACUGAGGGGACCUGCAGGAAUAAAAGGUGACACGGGAGAAAGAGGAUCACCUGGAGAGAAGGGAGAAAGAGGAGCCUCUGGGCUGGAUGGCCGUCCUGGUCUGGAUGGUAAACCAGGCUCUCCUGGACCCCCCGGACUAAGGGGAGAUCCUGGAAAACAAGGUGAUGCUGGGAGAGAUGGAUUGCCAGGACUGAGAGGAGAACAGGGUCCUCGGGGGCCAGCUGGUCCUCCAGGAAAUCCAGGAAUACCUGGUAAAGCAGGCGAAGAUGGCAAACCUGGUCCUCAAGGAAAAAUGGGUGAGGAUGGAGUGCCAGGAGAAGAUGGAAGAAAGGGUGACAAAGGAGAAGACGGGGCAGCUGGGAGAGAUGGCCGUGAUGGACAGAAAGGAGACCGUGGGCCUGCAGGGCCUCCAGGCCCCUCUGGACCCCAGGGGCCUGCUGGAUUGCCUGGCAGCAUUGGCCCUCCUGGACAGGUUGUGUACGUAAAAGGGGCUGAAGCUGCACCCAUUCCGGGUCCACAGGGGCCUCCAGGGACUCCAGGUGUCCCUGGAAUUCCAGGAGCUAUGGGAGCCCGAGGGGAGCGAGGUCCAGCAGGUCCUAAGGGAGAUGCUGGAGACCCGGGAGAGGAUGGGGCUCCUGGUAAACCUGGGACAGCAGUGGAUGUACAAAAAGCACUGACGGGCCUUGGGAUACUGGUAUCUGAUCUGAAGGUGCUUGUAGACAGGAAGGACACAAUUCUAUCUCCUGCAGUGCCAAAGGUUGAAAGGGGUGAAAAGGGAGACAAAGGGGAACCUGGGUCAAGAGGACCAUCUGGAGCAGAUGGCCCCCGUGGUUUUCAAGGAGAUAGGGGACCAAAAGGGGAACAAGGGGAGCGAGGACCCAUUGGACAAACAGGGCCUCCAGGAAGAGCCAUUGUAGAACGAGGACCAGAGGGUCCCCAGGGGCCAGCUGGAGAGCCUGGUAAGCCUGGAAUACCAGGUGUUCCGGGAAGAGCAGGGGAACUUGGAGAGCCUGGAAGACCAGGAGAGAAAGGAGAUAGAGGGGACAAAGGUGACAAAGGCGAAGCUGGUCUAAUUGGAUUACCAGGACCAGCUGGCCCUCCAGGUCAAAAGGGUGAUUCGAUUUUGCCUGGUGUUCCUGGACUUCGAGGCCCUCCGGGACUUAAGGGAGAGCCUGGUUCUUCAGGACCAUUAGGACCCAAAGGAGAGAGGGGUUAUGUAGGACCUCGUGGUGAAAAAGGAGAUAGAGGGGAGCUUGGAGAAAAAGGACGUGAAGGCUCAAUGGGCAUCCCAGGAGAACCUGGAAAACCUGGACAGGAGGGGAAACCAGGCUCUACAGGGCCUCCUGGUCUUCGAGGCCAGCCAGGAAACCCAGGAGAGCCUGGCAUGAGAGGACCAACUGGACCCAUGGGCCCUACUGGUAUGCCAGGUCCACCAGGUUUAAAGGGUAAUCAAGGAGAAGCAGGCAUUGGGAUCCAGGGUCCUCCCGGUGCUCAGGGGAGCACAGGUCGGCCUGGACCAGCAGGUCCCCCAGGAGCUGUUGGUCCGCAGGGGCCCCCAGGAUUGCCGGGGCAGGUGGGUGAGGCAGGAACGCCUGGUGUCCCUGGAAGAGACGGAGUUCCGGGUAAAGAAGGACUACCUGGGUUACCUGGAAAGCAGGGUAUUUCAGGACCUCCAGGGCUGCCUGGCAUUAAGGGGGAGCAGGGAGACAGUGGUCCUCCUGGGAAGGCUGUGAAUGGAGCUCCUGGUCCUAAAGGAGACAGAGGUCCACCAGGUGUAACACUGCCAGGUACGGUUGGAGAGCGAGGUCUAGCUGGGGAAAAGGGUACCAAGGGAGACAAAGGUCCUGCUGGCAUCAAAGGAACCACGGGAAUGGCUGGUGAACCAGGUGAACCUGGAGAGGAUGGAGCACCGGGACCACCAGGGCCUAAAGGAGAUAAGGGAGAGAGGGGUGUUGGACAGACAGGUCCGUCUGGUCGUAUUGGGCCUCCAGGUUUGAAGGGAGAUCCAGGGCUUCCUGGUCCAGCUGGCCCUCCAGGCCCCCAGGGGAAGGCUGGAGAUCCUGGAUUGCCUGGUGUGAGAGGGGAAAGUGGACAACCAGGACCUCCUGGACCCCCGGGAGAGAGGGGCCUCCAGGGGUUUGCUGGCCGUCCGGGAAACACUGGGCCUCCUGGACCUCCUGGGCCUGCGGGACAGGCAGGCUCUGCUGGUUCUAAUGGAGUCAAAGGCGAUAAGGGGGAAGUUGGUGUUGGAGUUCCUGGUGCCAGAGGGGAGAGAGGAGAUCCAGGUCCCAGGGGGGAGGAGGGCCGAGCUGGCUUGGAUGGGGACAGAGGCCCAACAGGUCCACCAGGGAUCCGAGGUCUUCGAGGAGAAAAGGGAGACGGCGGACUGCAGGGUGAGAAAGGAGAUAAGGGGGACACUGUGCUGGUGGGUGGACCUCCUGGAGAAAAGGGCAACAAAGGAGAAACAGGUGACAGAGGACCCAAAGGUAUACAAGGAGAAAAAGGAACGAAAGGCCAGGAGGGUCCACCAGGACAGCAGGGUAAAACAGGAGAACCUGGAGAACGAGGAUCCACCGGAUUUCCAGGUGCCCGCGGACCUGGUGGACAGAAGGGAGAAGCAGGUGAUCCUGGAGUUCCUGGUGAAUCGGGUUUACCCGGAAAAGAUGGCCUAUUGGGGCGUAAAGGGGAAAAGGGAGAAGUCGGUAUCAGUGGACUGAGAGGAAUCAAGGGCGACCGUGGACCCAAGGGGGCUUGUGGAGCUGAUGGACCCAAAGGAGAAAAGGGGGAUUCAGGCAUUCAUGGACGAUCAGGCUUACCAGGGAGAAAGGGUGAACAGGGCGACAUCGGGCCUGCUGGGGCCCCUGGGAUUCCAGGAAAAGAGGGACUUAUUGGCCCAAAGGGUGAUCGAGGUUUUGAUGGAGCUGAUGGACCUAAAGGAGCUCAAGGAGAGAAAGGUGAAAGGGGAGCAUCUGGUAUACCUGGUCCUCCAGGUCCCAGAGGGCUAGAUGGCCCCCCUGGCUUGACUGGCCCACAAGGACCAGCUGGUGCGAAAGGCCCUGAGGGACUCCAAGGACAGAAGGGGGAGAGAGGUCCUAUUGGUCCUGCAAUGGUGGGUCCUCGGGGUAUCCCAGGAAUCCCAGGAGAGAGAGGAGAGCAGGGAGACAUGGGACCAGAUGGAGCCAAGGGAGACAGAGGAGAGCCAGGCAUGACGGAAGAUGAGAUCAGAGAGUAUGUUCGCACUGAAAUGAAACAGCACUGUGCAUGUGGAGGUUCAAGCCCUGACACUCUGUCCCAGCCCGCAUUCAGGGCUCGACCUACAACAGAGCAAGAACUGGUACUGAAUGGUGAGAAGGGACGGGAGCUGCGUGUGGUGGUAAACACCAAUGACCCAGAGUACGAGCACAUCUAUUCCAUUGAGGCCCUGGACGAACCCACGGACGACCUGCUCUACUUCUCGACAGAAUCAGCCAAUCACACUGAAGGUGAAGAUUUAAAAACUGUUUUGGAAAAGUCUGCCAAAGUAGAUCCAAAUAAAUCAAGCACUGCAGCCUUCACUGGAAAAACGUCUGAAAAAAGUCAGAAAAAAGGGAAAGCUCCACCUCUGACUAGGGAGAACUCAGGAUCAGUCAGGCCCAAGAGGAGUCUGCAAGAGGAAGGUUUAACAGACCUUUGUCUGCUGCCCAUGGAUGAGGGCAGCUGUCAGAGGUACACCCUGCGCUGGUACUUCAACAGCCAAGUUCAAGCCUGCAGGCCUUUCAUCUACAGCGGCUGCAAAGGAAACAACAACCGGUUCCUUCACCAAGAGGAGUGUGAGGAGGUCUGCCUCAGGAAGAACAAAGAUAUUCAACCAUUAGAAAUGCCACGGUGAUUAUGGCUACCUUUGCUCCACCACAAGAAUGUUGUUGUUUUGUUUUUUGUUUUUUGCUGAUUUUGUUGCAGAUGUCAGUUGUUUUUUGUUUAUUUAUUGCUUCAUCACACCUAGGAAGACUUGACGCUGCUUUCAAAGGUCCAUAUUACUUCCCAGUUCAUUUUUUUCCAAACUAAAUUGCAGUUUUUAUGUUUAGACAUAAUCUAUUAUUCUGACACCGUGUUAUUUCUAUGUCUUGAACUUGAGAAACAAAUCUUUUUAUACAGUAAAGCAUUAACACAGCUUUAAGGUAUUUUAGUACCUUUCAGUAUACAUAUUCAUAUAAGUAUAUGUAAUACAUAUAAGUGCAAAUUAAGCAAGGAGAGAUUAAGAACAACUCAACUCACCUUAUUGUGUAGCACAUACAAAAGAAAUAUAUUUUUAUUGGCGUUUGGUUAAAGUUAUAAAGAAUAUAUUUACAUAGAGGCUAAACCAGUGAGAACCUCUGAGAUGCAAAAUGUGUAUUAACACAUCAGUGUAAUAAUGACUCCCAUAUUAGAUAUGAAAUUAAAUGGAAGCAAUGAUUUAAAGAAAACUGCAAUUUAGAUGUAGAGCUAAAAGCAAAGUACAGAAAACUUCUUUUUUUUUCUCUUAACGAAUGUUGCCAUUAUCCUUUUACACCAACCGCUUUCAUUUCUGGUUAUAACUUUGCUUCAUCAGUUUAUUUCUUCUUUUAGGUUAGUAUUCUGCUGAUUUGCAUAGCUUAAAAAGUCAAAAUGUUACAAGUAAUUGAAGUUAGUGGGUUCUUCUCACCAGUAGCAUUAUAACACCUUGAUCUUUUCUACAUUUUGUCAUGUCAACACUAAAAAUGUUCAUAUGUUUUACAAAGAUUUUAGGUGAUAAACCAUGGGUUGGUCAUUCCAUAUUCCUUCCAUUUUGGGAAGAUGAAUGGCAAACACUAUAUUUUUUUAAACACUCAAAGCUUUGGAUAUUAUUUUACAACCUAAUCCUAUAUCAAAGCAAAGGGUUUUCAAAAUAUAUGGAGACCAUCAUUUUCAGAUUUUGAUUUAGAACGACAAAUAACUUUAUCCUUUGACUGCAGAUUCCAUCAGAAAAAAAGCUGUUUUCAAAAAGAAAAACAAAAUUAAGGCGUUAUUAGUUUCUUAAACAACAAGACAAACUAGAGCAUAUACUGUGGCUUGGCUGAUUUUGAGAAGUUAGCACGGAUAUAUUUCUAGCUUUAACUUUUCUUACGAAAUCUUAAGAGUAAUAUGUUUCUAUACUUUAUGCCUUAUUUUUAUAUCACUUUAAUAAUAGAAUCAAAUCAAAGUACAGUUUGUUUAUUUUUCAAACAAGGAAUUUUUCAGUAACAUCAAGAUAUUAUUCAAAAACAGAAAGUCCUUUUAAUUCUGCAGCUAUAGGCAUUUUUUAAUAUAUGCAUCCAUGUUAAUCUUCCGAUAAAUCUUCUAAUUCUGCUUUAUAACUUUCACAGUAGGACUCUAUUUCAGACAUUUAUGCAAGUCUUCUAUGAUGUUCCUGAUAUGAUUAGUUAAAGCCUGGAAAUCUAGGGAUUCUUAGCCCUUUAGCCAUAGUCUUCUAAACCGAACUUUCAGACCUAAGCAGUUACAUUUUAUACACUGUUUAUGAGUUUUCAAAGGCUGAUUCUCAGCCACAUUAAACGAAACUGAUGCAUCAGCACAUAUUCUUUAUGAAAAACAUGACAGGGAUGCAAAUACCUCCCCAUACUUCUUCAGACCAACAUAACAAUCAUAAAUAUAAUAUUAGAAAAGUUGUAACAGUUGUUUUAUAAAAUGAAGAAUCAAGCACAAUAACUUGUUUAUAAUGCUGUGUUGGUUAUUUAGGGGAAAGUUAUGUCUAUAUUCAUGACUGCAUGUUUACCUGCCAGAGAAAAGGUGCUAUUUUUAAAGGUAUUUUUAUACAGUGUGUUUAAGGUGUUGUGGUAAAAAUCUGUGUUACGUGUUUAUUAUGUAUUUCUAAUAAAGCAAAUGUCUCAGUGA